AUGAGGUUCAAAGAAAUUAACCAACUUACCCAGGUACCUAUAAGUAUUAAUUGGCGAGUAUUUAAGUCCAGGGGUUCCCACGUGGCACGAGAGGAAGUAGCCUUCACUAGCAGCAGCUCUGUGUCAAGCCCCAGACCAAGCACUGAGGACAAAAAUCAGUCAUGGAUGGUUCCUGUCGUCAAGGGAUGCAAUACAUUGCCACCCAGGACAAUUCGUGCUACACCAGUGAAGAAGGGUACCAAGGGAGCACAGGGAAGGCACCUAAGCCAGUCUACUGCCAGGGUGGAGAAGAACAUACUUGGCCUGUGGGCAAAGCAAGCUAAACAUUUCAGAGGUUUAAUGUCACAAGAAGCUGUCCUGAACUCCAUAUGGAUGUGGCCUCCCCGCAUCUCCGUCCUCCAGCACUCGCAGCGCGUGGUCCCUAACCUUUGGCUGCAGUCAUUAUCAUCCCCGAGGCCGCAAAUGCGAGACAGUCAGGGCUGUCGCGCUGCUACUGCUGCUGGCUACUGCGCGCUGGGGGCGCGGGCGCAGCGCCUGAUCUACCUGCGCGAGGAGUUCCUAGAUGGGGGUAAGAGGCUCCAUAGAAUGGGAAGGCGUGGGAGAGCGAAGGUAGACGGGACCCUACCUGCUCGUCCUCAAUCACCUGCCCCAGCCUUGAACAGUUCAAAUCUCAGCUCCUUCCUCCCUGGCUCUGUGAUCCUGGAUGGAUGGAAAAAACAAUGGAUGGAAUCUAAACAUGGGUUUUAUGGCAAAUUUCAGCUCACUGCAGGAAAGUUUUAUGGAGACAAAGAAAAGGAUAAAGGUCUCCAAACCAGCGAAGAUGCUAAGUUUUAUGCCCUCUCAACCAGAUUUAAGCCAUUCAGCAAUGAGAACGAGACCUUGGUGGUUCAGUUUUCGGUAAAACAUGAGCAAGGCAUUGAUUGCGGUGGUGGGUGUGUGAAACUCUUUCCUGACACCCUGAACCAGCAGGAUAUGCAUUCAGAAUCAGAGUAUUACAUCAUGUUUGGCCUUGACAUCUGUGGCUUUGGCAACAACAAAGUACAAGUCAUCCUUCGUUAUCAAGGGAAAUACCAUGAGAACAACAAGAUCAUCAAGUGCAGGAUCAAUAAAGACACUCACCUGUACACUCUCAUCAUUCGCCCCAGUGCUACUUAUGAGGUCAAAAUCGACAAUAAGCAAGUAGCAGCUGGGGAUGUGGAGGAUGAAUGGGCCUUCUUGCCUCCUAAGAAGAUAAAAGCCCCCUAUGCCCAGAAACCAAGGAAAUGGGAUGAACGGCUGCAAAUAGAAGAUCCUGAAGAUAAGAAACCUGAGAAGUGGGCAAGGCCCAGCCAUACUGAAUACAUCCCUGACCCGGGUGCCAAGAAGCCAGACAACUGGAAUGAAGCAAUGGAUGGGGAGUGGGAAGGGCCCCUGAUACCAAACUUGAAAUAUAAGGGGCAAUGGAAACCUCGGACCACUGACAAUCCCAAUUACCAGGGGGAGUGGAUUCAUCCAGAAAUAGACAACCCUGAAUAUAAGCCUGACCCCAACAUUUGCCACUAUUACAACAUCAGUGUCCUUGGCCUGGACCUUUGGCAGGUGAAAUCAGGCAGCUUCUUUGACAAUUUCCUUCUUACAAAUGAUGAUGAGUUUGCAGAGGAGGUUGGAAAUAUGACCUGGGGAACAAGAAAAGAUGUAGAUAAGCAAUGGAGAGAACUGUAUGAAGAAAUGGAAAAAAGAAAACAGGAAGAAGAAGCCAAGAAGAAAGAGGAAAGGGAAUAUGACAUUUGGGGAACUGAAGAAAAGGGAAGUGAAGAAGAUUCUGCUGAGGAAUCAGGAAAUGACAGGCAGCUGAAGGAAGAUGAUGAUGAAAGAGCAUUUCUGGGUGAAAAUGUAGAAGUCUGUGUUGACCGGAAGGAUGAACUAUAA